AGACACAGAGAGGGAGAGAGAGAGAGAGAGGGAGAGAGAAAUCCAACUUUAUUAUCCAUUCACGCGGCUUUGAGAUUAUUCCGCGGAUGAAAGAAAAGAAGCUCUAUUAUUAUUCAACGCUAGACUCUUCUGUGCUCUCGUUCCCAAAAAAACUUUCUUGAUUUCUUCUACUGAUCUCCCCGGAUUAGCAUACCAGAAACCAUGGCUGCGGGGGUUGUGGGUGGAGCAUUUCUCUCUGCUUCUCUUCAAGUUGUUUUUGAUAGGCUGGGCCCUACUUCUAAUAUAUACAACUACUUCCGAUCAAGAAAGCUCGAGGAUCGAUUGCUUAAAAAGCUCCACGUCACCCUCAUCUCUGUCAAUCAAGCGCUUGAUGAUGCAGAAACAAAGCAGUACACAAACUCUAAUGUCAAGAAGUGGCUUUAUGAGCUCAAACAUGCUGUUUUUGACGCUGAUGACCUCUUAGAUGAGAUUGCUACUGAGGCGACCACGUUGAAGAUCGAAGCUGAGAAUCAAGGUGCUACCAAUAAGGUACGUCGCUUCACUUCUUUUGUUAGUCAAUUUUACAAACACAUGGUAGAUAGAAUCCAGGAAGUGCUUGACGUCCUGGAGUUCUUUGCAAAGCAAAAGGACGUUUUGGGAUUGAAGGAAGGCUCUGGGGGUGGUAGGGAAGUUGAAGUUUGUGGGAAAGUAUCCUUUAGAUUGCCAACUACAUCUCUGGUGGCUGAUGAGUCCCGCAUAUAUGGCAGAGAUGGUGAUAAAGAAGAAAUAAUUCGUCUUUUACUCCAUGAAGAUCUGAGCAGGGACCCACUAUUUGUGAUUUCUGUAGUGGGCAUGGGUGGGUCGGGAAAAACCACUCUUGCUCAACUGGUGUACAAUGAUGGGAGAAUGAAGGAUCAAUUUCAACUCAAAGUUUGGGUGUGUAUUUCAGAAGAAUUUGAUGUUCUUGGAAUUACAAAAACAAUACUUUCUGCACUUGAAUGUUCAAUAACAGGAUGUGAAGAUCUAAAUCAGCUUCAAUUGAAACUGAAAGAGGAAUUGACGGGGAAGAAAUUUUUUCUAGUUCUUGAUGAUAUCUGGAAUGAGCACAGAUCUAAUUGGGAAUUGUUACAAGUUCCUUUUUGUUUUGGGGCUUCUGGAAGUAAGAUCCUUGUUACUACACGUAGUGAAAAGGUAGCAUUGGUCAUGGCCUCUGUUAGAGUGCAUCACAUAGCUUUAUUAAAUGAAGAAGAUGGAUGGAAGUUAUUUGUGGAACAUGUGUUCAAAAACAAGGAUGCUAGCUUGUGUUCAGAUCUAGAGUCAAUUGGCAAAAAAAUUGUUCAAAACUGCAAAGGGUUGCCUCUAGCCAUAAAAUCAUUGGGUGAUCUCUUGCAUACAAAGUUAUCGCAGAAAUAUUGGAAUGAAAUUCUUGGCAGUGAGAUUUGGCAAUUACCAGAUGAUGAGACCAAUAUAAUGCCAGCUCUAAGACUAAGCUAUCAUUAUCUUCCUUCUAAUUUGAAGAGGUGUUUUGCAUUUUGUUCUAUAUUUGCUAAAAACUUUGAAAUUGACAAGGAGUCUUUAAUCCAAAUGUGGAUGGCAGAGGAUUUGAUACAUUGCAAUCAAGGAAAUAAAAUUGUGGAGGAAAUGGGGGAUGGAAUUUUGGAUGAACUAGAAUCAAGGUCAUUUGUUGAGAAAUCAAGAAGAAAUGAUGACAAAUUAAUCAUGCAUAACCUCGUAAAUGAUUUGGCGAAAUCAAUCUUCGAAGGAUUUUGUUUGAGGAUGGAGUGUGAUAAGGUGCAAAAUAAUAUUAAUGAAAAGAUACGCUGUUGUUCAAACUCAAGUUUAGCCUGGGGCCACGAAAUAUCAUUGGAACCUAUUUAUGAGCGUGAGCAGUUACGGUGUUUUGCUCAACUACCACAAGUGGAAUUGCCCAUUGGUAUUGUUGAAAUGUUUUCAAGAUUUAAGCACUUGCGAAUUUCGGGCUUAAAGUGUGUUGAAAUUAAAUUAAGUGAUGGUAUAUGCAAUUUAAAGCAACUUCAUUAUUUAGGCCUCUCUCAUUGUAGAAUUGAAAAGUUACCGAAUUCAAUUUGCACUAUGUAUAAUUUGCAAACUUUGAAAUUGUACUAUUGCACUCAAAUUGUUGAGUUGCCUCAGGAUUUGUACAAAUUGAUCAAUUUGCAUUAUUUAGACCUUUCUUGUACUGGGAUUAGAAAGUUACCUGAUUCAAUUUGUAAGGUGCAUAGUUUGCAAAUAUUGAAAUUGCAAUGGUGUAAGUUUAGGGUUGAAUUGCCACUAGUGUCACACCUAAUCCUAAGAGUGUGA